AUGGAGGAAGAAAACACAGGAAAAUGUUCUAGACUCUCUUUCUGGUCAUUUUCCUGUUGCACCAAACAGAAAUCAAGCAGUAGUAGUACUACUGAAGACGAUUCUUUACAGAAAGCAUUGGUGGAAAACCAUGACGGUGAUUCAUCAUCAUCUGCCACCACCACCGCCUCAACCAAGCCUGGUUGGAAGGCCGUGCCUUACAUCUUAGGAAAUGAAGCGAUACAGAGAUUGGCAACGUUUGGGUUGACGGCGAAUUUUAUGGUGUAUUUGGUGAGGGAGUUUCAUAUGGAUCAAGUGGAGGCAGCAAAUAUUCUCAACAUCUGGAAUGGUGCUAGCAACCUUUUACCUUUGCUUGGAGCCUUCCUUGCCGAUGCCUAUCUUGGCAAAUAUCUUACCAUUCUUUUGGCUUCUUUUGCAGCUCUUCCGGGAAUGGUAAUAAUCACUCUAACAGCAUCAGUGCCACAACUUAGACCGCCAAUAUGCAACCCUAAACCGGAACAACAAGAUCAAUGCGUUGGCUACACAAAAUCCCAACUUUGGCUCUUGCUUAUUGGCCUAUAUUGGUUAGCAAUAGGGACUGGUGGAGUAAGGCCCUGUACUAUUCCCUUUGGAAUUGAUCAAUUUGACACUGCCACUGCCGAAGGAAGGAAAGGAACAACCCGUUUUUAUAAUUGUGUCUACACCAUUUACACUCUCACCUUCUUAAUGGGUCAAACCGUCGUCGUUUAUAUCCAAAACUCCAUUAGCUGGGCUUUAGGUUUCGCGUUACCUACUAUCCUUAUGGUCUGCUCUAUUCUAUUGUUUUCAGCUGGAUCCAAAUUUUACGUGUAUGAAAAGCCUGAGGGAAGCCUAUUCUCUGUGAUUCUUCGAGUUUUUUUUGCAGCUUGUAAUAAACGCCACCACGACGUUCGAAGCAAUGCCAAAUUCUAUGAUCCUUCUCUCAACGAAAUUGAUGUGGAAAAACUGCCACUCUCCACACAAUUCAGGUUUUUUAACAAAGCUGCUUUAAUAGAGGACAAUAAUGAUCAUCAAUAUCUAAAACUCGACAAUGAAUCGCGUCCAAAUCCAUGGAGGCUGUGUAGCAUCCAGCAAGUUGAAGAAGUGAAAUGCUUGGUAAAAAUUAUCCCAAUAUGGGCCUCAGGUAUAAUCUGCUUCCUCUCCAUGACAACACAAGGAACAUUUACAGUAUCACAAGCCAUGAAAAUGGACCUUCACCUAGGACCCAAGUUUGAAAUCCCACCAGGCUCACUCAGUGUAAUAACAUACAUAACAAUAGCUGCAUGGCUUCCAUUAUAUGACAGCGUAUUACUACCCACCAUUAGAAAAAUAACCAAACAUGAAGAAGGAAUCACAACUCUCCAAAGAAUAGGAAUUGGAAAUGUUUGCUCUAUUCUAUGCAUGGUGGUGGCUGGUUUGGUGGAGGGAGAGAGGAGGGCUCUAGCCAUAUCGAAUUCUCGGCCCGGUGGCAUUGCAUCGAUGUCGGUCAUGUGGCUGGCACCUCAACUUAUCUUCUUGGGAUUAUACGAAGUUUUCAGUGUAGUUGGACAGAUUGAGUUUUACAACAAUGAAUUUCCUCAUAGCAUGAGAAGCAUCGGGAAUUCUCUACUCUAUGUAAGCAUUGCUGGGGCAAACUAUUUGACCAGUUUGCUAGUGGAUAUUGUGCACAAAACAACGGGAAAGCAUGGUCGACUUGACUGGUUGACAAAUGAUAUAAAUGAAGGAAGACUGGAUUAUUUUUACUUCCUAAUUGCUGGACUUGGUGCUCUGAAUUUUGUCUACCUUUUGUUCUGUACGCGUGGAUAUCGAUACAAGACCACUGUGAAAGUUGACAUAGAAAAGGCUUAA